GUUAGACAGUUGAUGGUAUUUGGAGGAACUCUUAAGCACAAUUCAGUCAUGGGUUUGAAGUGUCUUCUACCAUUGCUUUUACUGUCAUUGUUGAUUGCUGAUUGUGCCUCAAGGCCAUUGUAUCGUCUCCCAAGUGAAGCAAAAGAUGGAACCAAGAAACCGCUUCAGACUUCUCGUCCAUUCAACGUUGCACACAGAGGAUCAAACGGAGAGUUCCCUGAAGAAACUGCUCCUUCAUAUAUGAGGGCCAUUGAAGAGGGCGCAGAUUUCAUAGAAGCAGAUAUUCUAUCUUCAAAAGACGGUGUUCUUAUAUGUCAUCACGACGUUAAUCUCGAUGAUACAACCGAUGUUGCGGACCACAAGGAGUUUGCAGACCGUAAGAGAACUUAUGAAGUCCAAGGGAUGAACUUAACCGGCUUCUUCACUGUUGAUUUUACUCUCGACGAGCUGAAAACACUUGGGGCUAAGCAGAGGUAUCCUUUCAGGGAUCAACAGUACAAUGGUAAAUUCCCGAUUAUUACUUUCGACGAGUAUAUUUCGAUAGCACUGGAUGCACCUAGAGUUGUUGGGAUAUAUCCAGAGAUCAAGAACCCGGUUUUCAUCAACCAGCAAGUGAAAUGGGCUAAUGGAAAGAAAUUCGAGGAUAAAAUUGUGGAAACUUUGGAGAAAUACGGAUACAAAGGCUCAUAUAUGUCUGAAGAUUGGCUAAAACAGCCAAUAUUUAUUCAGUCUUUUGCUGCAACUUCGCUAGUUUACAUUUCAAACUUGAUAGACUCACCAAAAGUGUUCUUGAUCGAUGAUGUCACUAUUCUAACCCAAGACACUAAUAAGACAUACGCGGAGAUUACAUCAGACGAAUAUUUGGAUUACAUCAAACCAUAUGUGGUUGGAAUUGGUCCAUGGAAAGACACAAUUGUUCCUGUGAACAAUAACCGUCUCAUGACACCAACGGAUUUGGUUGCAAGAGCGCAUUCUCGUAAUCUUCAGGUCCAUCCUUACACAUACCGUAACGAGAACCAGUUUCUGCAUUUCGGGUUUUAUCAAGAUGCGUAUUUGGAGUAUGAUUAUUGGAUCAACAAGAUUGGUGUUGAUGGCUUGUUCACUGAUUUUACUGGCAGUCUACACAAUUUCCAGGAAUUGAGCUCUCCUUUGCCUAAGCUUCAGUGAUUCUCCAAUGGAAUUGGC